ACUGGACUGAUUCAUUUGCUUCCAAAGUUUCAUGGGCUUGCAGGUGAAGACCCACACAAACAUUUGAAAGAAUUUCACAUUGUCUGCUCCACCAUGAAACCCCCAGAUGUCCAAGAGGAUCACAUAUUUCUGAAGGCUUUUCCUCAUUCAUUAGAGGGAGUGGCAAAGGAUUGGCUGUAUUACCUUGCUCCAAGGUCCAUCACGAGCUGGGAUGACCUUAAGAGAGUAUUCUUAGAAAAAUUUUUCCCUGCUUCCAGGACCACAACCAUCAGGAAGGAUAUCUCAGGGAUUAGACAACUCAGUGGAGAGAGCCUGUAUGAGUACUGGGAGAGAUUUAAGAAACUAUGUGCCAGUUGCCCCCACCAUCAGAUUUCAGAACAACUUAUUCUCCAAUAUUUUUAUGAAGGACUCAGUAAUAUGGAGAGAAGUAUGAUAGAUGCUGCCAGUGGUGGAGCCCUUGGAGACAUGACUCCUGCUGAAGCCAAAAAUUUAAUUGAGAAGAUGGCCUCCAACUCCCAGCAGUUUAGCGCCAGAAAUGAUGCCAUAGUCAUUAGAGGAGUGCAUGAGGUAGCUACAAACCCAUCUGCAUCAUCUGAAACUAAGAAGCUUGAAGGAAAACUGGAUGCGUUGGUCAACUUGGUAACCCAGCUGGCCUUGAAUCAGAAAUCUGUACCUGUCGCAAGGGUUUGUGGUUUGUGCUCCUCUGCUGACCACCAUACAGACCUUUGCCCUUCCAUUCAGCAACCUGGAGCAAUUGAGCAGCCUGAAGCUUAUGCUGCAAAUAUUUACAAUAGACCUCCUCAACCUCAACAGCAAAAUCAACCACAGCAGAGCAAUUAUGACCUUUCCAGCAACAGAUACAACCCUGGAUGGAGGAAUCACCCUAACCUCCAGAGCUUAACCAAUCAGAUGGGACAAUUAGCUACCCAAUUGAAUCAACAACAGUCCCAGAAUUCUGACAAGCUGCCUUCUCAAGCUGUCCAAAAUCCCAAAAAUGUCAGUGCCAUUUCAUUGAGGUCGGGAAAGCAGUGUCAAGGACCUCAACCCGUAGCACCUUCCUCAUCUGCAAAUGAACCUGCCAAACUUCACUCUAUUCCAGAAAAAGGUGAUGACAAAAAUCUACCUAACAAUUUCUGUGCAGGUGAAUCUUCUUCCACAGGUAAUUCUGAUUUGCAGAAGCAGCACAUUCCCCCUCUUCCAUUCCCUCCAAGAGCAGUUUCCAACAAAAAAAUGGAAGAGGCAGAGAAAGAGAUCUUGGAAACGUUUAGAAAAGUAGAGGUAAACAUACCUCUGUUGGAUGCAAUAAAGCAAAUUCCAAGAUAUGCCAAAUUCUUGAAGGAGCUGUGCACUAAUAAGCGGAAGCUUAAAGGAAGUGAACGAAUUAGCAUGGGCAGAAAUGUCUCCGCAUUGAUUGGUAAAUCUGUUCCUCAAAUUCCUAAAAAAUGCAAAGAUCCAGGUACAUUCAGCAUACCUUGUAUUAUAGGGAAUAGUAAGUUUGACAAUGCCAUGCUAGAUUUAGGAGCCUCUGUUAGUGUUAUGCCUCUGUCGAUUUUUAAUUCUCUAUCUCUAGGUCCCUUGCAGUCAACUGAUGUGGUAAUUCAUUUAGCUAAUAGAAGUGUUGCCUAUCCUGUUGGUUUCAUAGAAGAUGUCUUAGUUAGAGUUGGUGAACUGAUUUUCCCUGUUGAUUUUUAUAUCUUGAAUAUGGAAGAUGGAUUUUCUCAAGGAUCAGUUCCCAUCAUUCUAGGCAGACCCUUUAUGAAAACUGCUAGAACUAAGAUAGAUGUUUAUGCAGGCACACUGUCCAUGGAGUUUGGUGAUAUAACUGUUCAUUUUAAUAUUCUGGAUGCUAUGAAAUACCCAUCUGAAGAUCUUUCUGUAUUUCGUGCUGAAAUAAUUGACCAUGUUGUUGCUGAUAUGACUGGUAGAUUGUUGGCCAGAUCAUUAACCUUUGAUUGUCGCAUCAUGCACUAUAUCAUAGUUAGAAUUUUGCUUCCUCGUUCUUCUUAUUUGGCUCAAGCCUCUGAGGAGGACUUGAUUUUGAUGUGGGCUUUCCUUACCGGUCGUCAAAUCAACUGGGCUCACUUGAGAUCUUUUGCUAUUGGUGCUGGUGCAGUAACUUCAUUUGGUUACCGUCAGGAUCGUGAUGGACAGUGGCUGAAGAAAGACGCACAACCUCUACAAGACGAGCGUACUCCCUCUCCUCCACCUCAACGAGAUGAUUCCUCAGCCCUUAUGAAUGAAGUUCUUUCAGAAUUACGGGGCCUCCGUACCUAUGUUGGCGAACGCUUUGAUUCCUCAGAUGGUCGCUUUGAAGGAAUGGAUACCCGCAUCACUCAACUUAAAGAGGAUGUGAGUUAUCUUCGUCGGUGCUUCGACCUUCCACCACCUUCCUAG